UAAUUCAUUUUACGAUGUGGAGCAGCCUGUUCGUUCUCUUGGCGUUUAGUUACGUCAAAGGCGAUGUUCGAUUGGAUCCCUUGGUGGUCUACCUGCCUACCCAGGGUCUAGUCAAAGGUCUGAGGACUGACGAAGACUAUUCUCUAUUUCUGGGUAUACCUUACGCCAGGAUCAAUGAACAGAAUCCAUUUGGGGUCGCUGAACCUUACCCGUACUCCGAUGCAAUAUACGAAGCGUAUGAAGAUCCACCGGAAUGCCCUCAAAUGCUGGCCAGCGAUCCCAUCGGAAACCUAGAUUGCUUACGUCUCAACAUCUACGUACCAAACAAAGCCAGUUUUAGAAAUAAAUUACCCGUAAUCGUGUGGCUUCACGGCGGUGGAUUCAGCGUAGGCUACAACAAGCAAAACUAUUUCGGGGGUAAAUAUUUAGUCAAACAUGACGUCAUAGUCGUAGCCCCAAACUACAGACUUGGCGUAUAUGGUUUCAUGUGCCUCGAUACUCCAGAAGUACCAGGCAAUCAAGGUCUCAAAGACCAGCUAAGAGCUUUACGAUGGAUCAGAGAUAACAUCGCAUCGUUCGGUGGCGACGUUAACAAAAUAACCCUAAUGGGUGAAAGCGCUGGAAGCACUUCAAUUGAAGCUCACAUCCUAUCCAAAACAGAAAAACUAUUCAACAAUGUUAUCCUACAAAGCGGGACACUGUUAAAACCUCAAGUUAUUUCAGAGCCCGACUUGAAUGCUCCGAUUAAAAUCGUCGAACAAUUAGGUUUGCAAACUGACAACAACACCGAAGCUUUAGAGUUCCUAUCGACGGCAGAUCCUAAAUUGGUAAUCGCUGCGACGUCAAAGUUAUCAAUGAAAUUUACUUUAUGUUUAGAGAAGGAAUUCGAAAAUGUCGAGAGCAUAUUGGUCGAAAUGCCUUACAGAACAGACACGCCGAAAGUGAACGGUAUAAACGUACUCGCUGGAUACACAAACCGCGAAGGUUUAUUAUUGAACGCGAAGAGCCCUUACGAUUACAUUGAAAAUCCAAAUUAUUUCCGCGAAACAGUCGGAUCGGUCUUCAAAUAUGACGAGGGUUUCGAUCAAAUGGUUGACGUCGUCCGCAAUUUUUACGUAUCCAAUGCAAAUCUGAGCGAAGAUGACAACGCCAAUAUAAUAGAUUUCAAGGGCGAUUUCUUUUACAAUAACCCUUUACAGAUGAGUUUGGGAAAACUUUUGCAAAAUGGCGCUAAUAGUAUAUAUCAAUAUUUGUUUUCAUAUGAUGGAGAUUUGAAUUAUAUAAAGAAUGAAUAUAACAUAAGUUUGGAAGGCGCUUCGCAUGGUGACGAACUCGGAUACUUGUUUGUUAUGAGUGAUGAUAGAACUGCUCCAUCAGCCGAAGAUCAAAUGGUCAUUGAUCGUAUGACGACAAUUUGGACGAACUUCGCUAAAUACAGAAAACCAGUACCAUACGAAACGGAACUGCUACCUGUGACAUGGGAACCGAUCACAGAUGGAACUGUGCCCUGCUUGAACAUAGACUCAGAUAUGACGAUGAUAUCGAGACCUUUCAACAGCAGACUCGCAUUCUGGGAGCUCUUCUACACAGCGAACGAGCACAGACUCAAGGACUUGACGAGAAACGACGACAUUUAUUACUAUCAAUUCUUACUAAUAUUGUACGUACAAUCUAUCUUUCCAGAUCCGAUAACCUUAUCUGAUAAACGCCAUCUAAGAUCUAUUCAAAGUCAAUGUGAUUUCAUUACACAAGUUUCGAAGAUGUGGGCAACAGCUUGGGUUCUGGUGCUGGUGAUUGGGUUCACGCAAGGUGCCAUCAGAUUGGAUCCCCUGGUAGACACGCAGCAGGGUCUGAUUAGAGGUCUCAGGGCUGAUGAUGGCGACUACUCCAUGUUUUUGGGCAUACCAUAUGCUCAGGUCAACGAGGACAAUCCUUUUGGGAACGCGAACCCUUACCCCAAAUUCGACGACAUCUUCGAAGCUUACGAUGAUUCGGCGAUAUGUCCACAAGUCGAAGAGUUCGGUAACACUAUCGUCGGAGAUCUGGACUGUUUGCAUUUAAAUAUAUACGUGCCAAAUAAAGCCAGUAGCAGGAACAAGCUGCCAGUCCUGGUCUGGAUAUACGGCGGGGGCUUCACCAUUGGCUUUGCGAACAGAUACCUAUACGGUCCAAAGUUUCUCAUCCAACAUGACGUAAUCCUUGUCACCCUUAAUUACAGAUUAGGGCCAUACGGUUUCAUGUGUUUAGACACACCAGACGUUCCCGGAAACCAAGGUCUUAAAGACCAACUCUUGGCCAUGCGUUGGGUGAAAGAUAACAUUGGCUAUUUUGGGGGCGAUACCAAUAAGAUUACCUUGAUGGGCGAAAGCGCGGGGGCCGCGGCUAUUGAAUACCACUUAUACUCUAACCAGGAGAGGUUGUUCAACCAGGUAAUCUUGCAAAGUGGUUCAGCACUGUCUCCUUGGGCUUUAGUAGAAUCGGAUUCAACUGCUCCUCUUAAAAUCGCUGAACAUUUAGGUUUUCAAACAGACGAAGUAUCUGAAGCAUUAGCAUUCCUUAAAGAUGUUGAUACGAAAUUGGUUAUCGCAGCCACUUCCGAAUUGGAAAUAAAGUUCCGUGCUUGCGUUGAAAAAGAAUUCGAUGACGACGAAGGUUUCCUAACUGAUCACCCACAGAACCUGGACGUACCUAAAGUGAGAAACAUACCAGUUCUAACCGGUUACAAUAAUAACGAGGAACUUGUUAAUUACGCUGACAAAACUGUCGAUAAAUACUUGAACGUCUUCAACGAUCUAUUGGAGAUCAACUUCAAUUACGAUGACGAUUUCGCCGCGAUGGAAGACAUCAUUCGACACUUUUACAUCGGUGAUGAGGAGGUGAGCGACGAAGUAAAGAGCAGCAUCACUGAUUUCAGUUCCGACUACCGUUUCACGUAUCCCGUUCAGAGGAGUUUGAAGAAGUUCCUCGAGAAUGGUGCCAAGGAUAUCUUCUAUUAUGUCUUCUCAUACAGUGGAGGAAGGAACUUUGCGAAGAAUAAUGCAAAUGUCGGUGCUGAGGGUGCAUCGCAUGCUGACGAAAUCGGUUACCUUUUCGAUCUGUCCUACGACAAAGCAACGCCCUCGGAAGACGAUCAGAGGAUCAUUGACCAGAUGACCACGCUUUGGACAAAUUUUGUCAAAUACGGAAAUCCAACACCAGACACCACAGAGCUCCUCCCGUUCAAAUGGAUUCCGGUAACAAACGAAACAUACAACUAUCUGGACAUCGACGAGGAAUUGACGCUGAAGAGGAGACCUUUCCACGACAGAUUGGCUUUCUGGGAACUGUUCUUCAGGGCCAAUGAACUGAAGCUCAAAUAUCGAAAUGAAAAUUGA